AUGGACUGUAACUGCGUCAGUGAUCUGUUGCUCCCCCCGGUGCCAGCUCUCUGGACGCCAGGGUUCGCCUUCCCAGACUGGGCCUACAAGCCCGAGUCGAGCCCCGGCUCCAGGCAGAUCCAGCUGUGGCACUUCAUCCUGGAGCUCCUGCAGAAAGAGGAGUAUCAGGGAGUGAUCGCCUGGCAGGGAGACUAUGGAGAGUUUGUCAUCAAGGACCCAGAUGAGGUGGCCCGGCUGUGGGGGAUUAGGAAAUGCAAACCUCACAUGAACUAUGACAAGCUGAGCAGGGCACUGAGGUAUUACUACAACAAGCGUAUUUUGCACAAAACCAAAGGGAAGCGUUUCACCUACAAGUUUAAUUUCAGUAAGGUUGUGUUGGUGAACUACCCCAUCCUGGACAUGGCCAACUCUCCCUUCUUUCUGGCCCAGAACCACUUCAACGGGGGCUCCACCGCACCGGACUGCACCCCAGAGGCCAUACAGUCCCUGUUUCCCCGUUUGCCAGACUCCGGCAGAGGAACUUCCCUGUUUGAUCGGGGGACCACAGCACCGGGACCGGAGGGAGACAAGCUGAGGCUGGACACAUUUCCUUUCCUCAGUUCAGGUGCCCCAUGCUACACCAAACCCCCGUCCCUGCUGGGCCCAUACCCUCGCAACCCACCCUUUGACUACCCCUGGGGCUUCAACCCCUACCUCCCAGGGGCCUUCUCUCUCAAUAACUGCCCCAAACUGCCCCCUGGCUCCCUCUACCCCUCCCAGUUUUACCCCAGCCCUUUGCAGAGCAGCCUUUCCCAGCUGCCUCACCCCUUCUCCUCCCUGCUCCCCCCAGCAGAGGCAGGUGGGGGUGAGAGGGGAGCAGCGGGGCAAACUGGAGGGACAAACGGCACGGCGGGUGGUCAGCCACUCAGACUCAACCUGCCACCCUAUCCAGGGAGCCUGUCAAUUGCUCGGACGGACAUUGGUAACGGGGCAUCACUGGGGGAAAGGGAAAGGGUGGAGGCCAAUCCUCCAGCCACGGGGCUGAGUCUGGGACUGGGAGCGGUCGGCCUGGGAGCUGCGACUGGAACAGGCCAGCAGAGCCCCACAGAGAGGAGAGGAGGGGUGAAGCCAGACCUGGAGUCGGACUCAGACCUGGAGAUCACAGAUCUGAGCGACUGCAGUUCGGAUAACGAAAAUGAGCAUGAAUUCAGCGUUGGCAAGGAAUCCAGCCUGGCAAACCGGUCACAGAUAGUGUUGGAUGGAAAGAAAGGGAGCGCGCUGCCACCCAUCUCCUCUCUCCCCCCGCCAGUGUCCCCCCACCCUCUGAAGAGCCUGAUUCCCAUCAGUCCUCCACCACCGUCCCUGCCUCCGUCACUUUCCCCCUCCAUGGCUCUGCAUGACAGACACAGGGAGACAGAGACUCUUAAAAUGAUACACAGCUAA